AUGCCUCCAUUCAAAGCUCUGUAUGAUCGAGAUCCGCCCAAUCUCACAGAUUUUCUCACCGAUUCCUCACGCCUAGACCCCCUCGGGUUCUCCUUGCAACAACACACAAAUCUUCUUGUCAAACUUAAAAUGAACUUAAGAAAAAGUAGACAAGCAAUGGAGAAACAAGCUAAUAAAACUAGAAUAGCUUACAGUUUUCAGCCUGGUGAUUCAGUACUCCUUAAGCUCCAACCUUAUCGUCAAACCACUGUUCAAAAGAGAUCGUCAAAAAAACUAACAAAACGUUUUUUUGGACCCUUUAAAGUCAUUAAGCGGGUCGGAGAAGUAUCUUAUUUGUUAGACUUACCAUCAUCUUCACAUAUCCACCCGGUGGUGCAUGUAUCUCUGUUGCGCCCAUACUUUGGCUCAGAACCGGAAUCAGACUUUUGUCCCCUCCCUCUCAACAGACCAUUGGAAUUUUUGGAUUCCAUCUCAGAGGAGGCGGAUCUGACCACGAUAUCUUCCUCCUUGUGCGGACCUGCAAAAGAGUUGACAAAUAGUCACGAUUCUGCAUCACAAAAGCCAAACAGAGGCAUAAAAGAUUCAGUUCCUAACUCACCUUCAGGCCAAGGAAGCUAA